AUCCGUCCGAUCCCCCAGCCACUUUACAAUCACACCCUAUAUAUACGCCUUAACCUGUCUAACGUUGGAAACUUUUGUUCGUUCGAAGAAGGAGAAGACCGAGACGAACAGAGCGCGAAUCAAGCAGAGAUGGCCCGUACCAAGCAAACUGCUCGUAAGUCAACUGGAGGAAAGGCUCCCAGGAAGCAGCUCGCAACCAAGGCUGCCCGUAAGUCUGCACCAACCACUGGAGGAGUCAAGAAGCCCCACAGAUACCGCCCGGGUACCGUUGCUCUUCGUGAAAUCCGUAAGUACCAGAAGAGUACUGAGCUGUUGAUCAGGAAGCUGCCAUUCCAGAGGCUUGUUCGUGAAAUUGCCCAGGACUUCAAGACUGAUCUGCGUUUCCAGAGCCAUGCAGUGCUGGCACUGCAGGAGGCUGCUGAGGCUUACCUGGUGGGUCUGUUUGAGGACACCAACCUUUGCGCUAUCCAUGCCAAGCGGGUUACCAUCAUGCCGAAGGAUAUCCAGCUUGCCAGGAGGAUCAGGGGUGAGCGUGCCUAAGCAACCCGCCUGCCUUGCAAUGGAGCGGGGUUAAUUGUGGGGUGGCUGCAGACGGGAUUGAAGACUGAUAUGUAUAAUGCUUUUGCGGACAGAAGGUGGUGUUUUUUUGUGAUAGGAUGAUAUAGGAGGUUAGGGUUGGGGACAAGAUGUGGUCAGAUAUUAUGGUUAUAGGCAAAACUCCUUUUAAGAUCUGCGGCUGCUGCUUUUGGUUGGUUUGUUUCGUAGAAUAUGAAGGACCUAGAUGUGUUUAAUUUGCGUUUUUUUGUUCAUUUGGUUGUCUGCAGCCUCACUAUUGAACAAUAUUUCGUCUAAUCUAGUUUAGUUUGUUGUUUCUCCA